CGAUCGGUUCUUCAAUAGUCCGUUGCCAGUGGACUGGCGAAGGCCAAGGUCUGAUAUUUUCUUUCGUACAUUUGCACACCGUAUAAAAUAUAUCAUUUCCUAUAUCAAUAUUUCUGACAAAACCCGACUAUAACAUUUUAUCCGACGGUUUAUAAAAAUUGUUUAGAUUUUUCUUCCGUCAUCUUUCAUUUGCCGUGCACACAUUUUUUGCGCGAGUGCAGUUUUUUGCGAAAAAAUUUAUAACAUUUAAUUUAAACCGAAAUUUGUUUUAUUUAAUCGUUUUCGUUGUGCGCCGUUCAGCCGCCAAGCGGUCCAGUCCGCCGCACCAACUACACCGCCUACACGGAAGCACCGUCUUCCGUCGCCUUUUCACGAAGACUUCCACUAUUUCAAAUGGACAAGACCACCAGAAUGAGUGCGCUGUACGCGUGCUUCGUGAUGCUGACGAUGGCGUCGGCAACUUCUUUGCAAGACUGCGAAGCUGACAUGACCGGAUUCGAGCUGGUUACCGGGUACGUGUUCACAGCACCCGAUGACUUGCUGGACAGCAUACCCGGCACACUAAUGUUGACCGACUGCCUGGAGGCAUGCCAUGCGAACGACACAUGCGGAUCGGUCAACUAUGAGACCGGUCUCUGCGUGCUGUUCUCGUCCAACGCCGACGCAUAUCCAGGAGCAUUGAGCAAGUCACAGUUUCCAGUGUUUACAAUAUACGCGCAAAAGACGUGUUUGGGUAUAAAACCAUGUGAACGAGCCUGGUGUUUCGACCGGGUGCAGGGUUACAAGCUCAAAGGGUUUGGCAAGAAGAAACAAGCUGCAACGUCGAGACAGGACUGCUUGGAGCUGUGUCUAGGCGAAAGAGAAUUCUCUUGUCGAUCGGCCAACUACAACAACGGAACGGCGGAAUGCGAUAUGUCUGACAUGGACAGGCUGACGGUGGCCGGCCAAGGGGCAUUCGAACCGGCAACUGGCAUUGACUACUUGGAAAACAACUGCGUGGACGAGCCAGUAAAGCUGUGCGAGUUCAAAAAGUUCCCCGGCCGCAUACUCAAGACCGUCGAUUCCGUGUACCAGGACGUGGGUUCUCUGGAAGACUGUCGGGAGCUGUGUCUCAACUCACCGUACAGGUGUCAUUCGUACGAUUACGGCGAUACCGGUGAGCUCGUGUGUCGGCUCAGCCAUCAUUCCAGGGCCACGUUGGCAGACAUACAGGACCCCUACUUAGAAGUUCCAGAAGCUUCCACUUAUGAGCUUAACUCUUGUUACAACAUAAGCAUCGAGUGCCGUUCAGGAGACAUGGUAGCUAGGAUUAAGACCAGCAAAUUAUUCAAUGGCAAGAUCUAUGCGAAAGGAAAUCCUAACUCAUGUGUUCAAGAUGUACGCGGAAGUUUGGACUUCGAACUCGAAAUGGCUUACGACGACGUGGAAUGUAACGUAAAACAACAAGGCCUAGGUAGAUACAUGAACGACGUCAUUAUCCAACACCAUGACACCAUAAUCACCAGUUCCGAUCUUGGUGUGGCCAUCACGUGCCAAUACGACUUGACCAAUAAAACAGUUUCGAACGAAGUAGACCUGGGUAUACAGGGCGAUUUGAAACCAGCCAUGACGGAGGAAGUUAUUGUGGACUCACCGAACGUCGCCAUGAAGAUUACAGACCGACAGGGGGCUGAUGUUAAGCCUUCAGCCGAAGUGGGAGAUCCACUGGCACUGCGAUUCGAAAUAUUGGACCCGAACAGCCCGUAUGAAAUAUUCGUCAGAGAACUGGUAGCUAUGGAUGGCGUGGAUUCCAGUGAAAUUGUCCUAAUUGACGCUGAUGGAUGUCCAACCGACCACUUUAUCAUGGGCCCUCUGUACAAAUCAUCGGACUCAGGAAGCGGGAAGAUACUAUUAUCAUACUUCGAUGCGUUCAAAUUCCCGUCAUCUGAAGUGGUCCAAUUCAGAGCACUGGUCACUCCUUGCAUGCCAACCUGCGAACCCGUCCAGUGUGACCAAGAAGACGCUUCGGGAGAACUCAGGUCCGUACACUCGUUUGGCAAGAGGAGGCGGCGAAGGUCCACCAAGAGUACAUCGGAUGCCAGAGACGACAUGCUGCUCGUGCAGAGCAUUCAAAUCACCGACAAGUUCGGAUUCGGCGCACAACAGGCAUCGCCGGAAAUGAAUCCUACGGACACGACGGCUUUCAGCAUAAAGCACCACGACUACAACAUUGAUAGUUUAUGCGUUAAUUUGUUCGGUGUUAUAAUAUCGUGUCUAGUAUUUCUGGCAGUUCAAGUUGCCGUGCUAAUAGCGUGGGCGUACGUUUGGAACAAAAAGAGACACGUCGACAAGUACCAUCAACAGGAUGGACUGUCCGUGAGUAUGAGCAUACCGGUGGGACGGACGGACAGCAUGUGCAAGCUGUACGAUACGGGGUACGCGAAACGAUACUAAGUGAUCGACUUUUAAUGAUCCAUAAUGAGAUAGAUUGCCAUGACAGAUUUUUUUAACCUAAAUUAGCUAGAUACAAGUUAUGAAUUUGUUAAUCAUAUUGAUAAACAAUCUUUUAAAAGUGACAUCGCGCUCAAAUAGCC